UCCCGUUAAUCUCUUCGCAUUAGUGCUUAGCCACUUGCUACUAAAAUAGCCGAGAAGACACAGCGAAAGCUGCACACCGAGCCAUUCCCCGACCAGAAGUGGACUUUCCACGGCUGCAAAAAUGGCCUCGCUGGGGGAGACGGUGCGAUUAAAAAGAGACAUUUCUCGUGCCAUAGAGUUGCUAGACAAACUCCAAAGAACAGGAGAAGUACCUCCUCAGAAGCUGCAGGCUUUACAGAGGGUUUUGCAAAGUGAGUUCUGCAACGCUGUACGAGAGGUUUAUGAGCAUGUGUAUGAGACAGUGGACAUUAAUAGCAGCCCAGAGGUUAGAGCUAAUGCCACAGCAAAGGCCACAGUGGCAGCAUUUGCUGCAAGCGAAGGCCAUUCCCACCCCCGCGUGGUGGAGCUUCCAAAAACCGAGGAAGGCCUGGGUUUCAACAUCAUGGGAGGAAAAGAGCAGAACUCGCCCAUCUACAUCUCUCGCAUCAUCCCCGGAGGCAUUGCCGAUCGUCACGGUGGCCUCAAGAGAGGAGACCAGCUGCUCUCGGUCAACGGAGUGAGUGUGGAAGGAGAGCAUCAUGAGAAGGCAGUGGAGCUCUUAAAAGCAGCUCAGGGCACGGUCAAGCUUGUAGUCCGCUACACCCCAAAGGUUUUGGAGGAGAUGGAGUCUCGGUUUGAGAAGAUGCGAUCUGCCAAACGCCGCCAACAGAACAGCUACCCACAGUAGGGUAACCUGUCUGUGGCUCUUUUGUCAUGUCUCUCUCUCUCUCUCUCUCUCUCUCUCUCUCACACAUUCUUUCUGCCCAGGGACAUAUACAGCACUUCUUUUUUCUGCUUUUAUGGAAUUUUCUAAAACUUUCCAGCCAGUUUGAGCACGCUCUUUUUCACAAUUUUUUGAAAAUAAACACUACACCCCUUUUUUUUUUUUUUUUUUUUGUGUGUGGUUACACUCAAACACGAUGACAUGCAAUGUACAUCACUCUGUGUCAGAUGAAGGUUAAGGGGUCAGGAUUACAAAGGGGACCACCACAGAUUGGCUUCUGAGGUUUAAAUUAAAGGAUAAAAGUUGAAAAGUGCCUCAAGAGCUGAAAGAAAAUUUUUUUUUUUUUUUUUUAUAGCUCUUUAGAGCCAUUUGGGUUCUACGAUAUUGUAUGUUACAUAUACUGACGAGAGCAAAAUGAAUGUACAUUUCAUCUUCUAAACAAACACUUAAAUUUGAGAUGAGUGCAAUCAGGGCAUUGGGGGUAGGAACAAAAUGUGUCAUCAGGUCGGCUGGAAAGCUACGUCACACUGCUCAACAAGAAAGAACACUAUCAUUACUUUCAUGUCGUAUCCUUUGUUUUAUUGUAUUGUAAUUUUAAUAAAAUAAAAAAAAGAUGUAUUUCA